AUGCUUUCAAUAGAAAAAGAAAAUUCAAGAGUUGCUACAACUAAACCAUUAGAUGAACUUUUUACGAAUGUCGGUCAAAAGUUUGAGACAGAGACCGUAAAACAUGAAGGCUAUCGGUUUGACUACCCGUUAAGAUGGUUAAGAGACCCAUCCGUCACAAAAGCUAUUGGCUUUCGUAGAAUGAAGUUCAUUUCAGAAGCCAUACAUGGUUUCCCAUUUACGGUCGGUUUUGAAAUUCGAUACUAUAACAAAGAAAAACGUACGUAUGAGAAAUUUGAACAGGGAAAACUUUUACAAGUUAGUUUGCUUGUAAACUUAGAAACAACUCUUCAAGCUUUUCAAGAAAAAAUAAACGAUAUCUAUCUCGAAUAUGCAAAACAGUACAACAUUGACGAAGGAGAGUACCAUCUCGAUAUUUUAUAUGACAGGAAAAAUGCAACUGUUAAAAUCAAUAGAAUAGAAGACCUUGGAGAAAACGUUUAUAUUUCUACAAAAUAUAACAACUUGGCAUGGUAUAGGUUUUUGAGGAUGUUAAAUCAGCCUGCAGAAUAUCCA